AUGCCACAUAUUACAACAGCGAUGGAGUGGAGUAGGAGGAGGGGAAUUGGAGAAAUAUUGGCGGAUAGCUUUUUAAGGAAAAGAUCAAUUACAGGUGAUGUCUCGAGUGUGAAGGAUUCUUUUAGUUCAUGGUCAAAUUGUAUGGCAGCGACAUAUUGCAAAUGGCCUGUCAUAGCAGCAAUUAUCGUCGUUGGCUUGAUGGUUUUUUCCAUAGUUUGGUGUAUAAUAAGAUGUGCUUGUUGUGGCAUGUCCUGUUGUUGCACUUGCUUUUCCUUUCUUAAAUGUUGUGAUUGUUGUGGUGGCUGCUGCGAUGGUAAAAGAGACCGCCCUCACAAACAUCUUGACGAUUAUCCAAAUCCAAAUCCAAAUCAAGGCUAUCAAGCCCCAGCGCCAAUGAUGGGCGGCGCUCUUCCCGCACGACCCGAACCUCUCAAGUAUGCAACAUUUGAAGUAGGCAAAAACGGUCUCGCGGUCGAUCCGCCAAAGACUAUCUCAGAAGAUGCAUUACCGCCUAUGCCGACAUGGGAAAAUGCGAGCAAAGUACAUAUAAAUGAUGAUGAGAAAGGUGAUAUGGGCAUGGAAUUGAAGGAGUUAGAUCCUGUCACGGGACAGAAGAUGCCAUUGAUGAACGGAGGCGUCGCCAAUAGUCAUCCCAAUAGCCCAGCGGUUGGACCAGGGGAAAGCCCUUAUGGAAGACAACCUCAGGGUACGAACAAUGGGUUUAUGAAUUCACAGGAUCCACAUAACCAAAGUCAAGUCAAUUUAGGAGGAAAUGGAAUGGGUAGAGGGUAUGGCCUAGGAGGAACGCCGAAUCCCGGAAUGCCCAUCGAUCCGCUCAUAGGCUAUAGAGGAACGCCGCCUCCAAUGGGCCCAGGUAAUCAACAAGAUGGAAUGGGGUAUAGAGGGACACCAGGACCUGGAUCAGCAAUCGGAAUGGGAAAUGCAGGUAUGGGAUACAGAGGAACGCCUCCACCUGGUGGUCGAGGAUAUCGCGGUGCACCUUCACCGGGCCCAGGAAUGAAUCGUGGACCAGGGCAAUUCAGGGGUGGACCCUCUCCAGCACCAAGCCGAGGAUAUGGAGGACCCCCUCAGAAUCAAGACUUUGAACCGACUAUGCCACAAGAAUUCAUUUCCAGUCGCGGUUUCAACGACUCUCCAAUCUCGGCAUACGGUCAAGCAGAACCAAUGUAUGAUAAUCGACCAUACCCAGCCCAACCAUCACGUCAGUUUUCCAAUGAUUCCUCGAGGCCAUUGAACCAAGGAAGAUCAUACACCAACAACACUGAGCAGUCGUAUCAAUCCUAUCAAUCAGACAAUUCCUCCAAUGUCGGUACAUAUCCUCCCCCGCGCAUGCCUUCUAGGGGACCUGGACCAAAUGGACCGAAUAGAAUGAUGUCACCGGGCCCGCAGAUGGGAGGUUAUGGUGAUGCACAACAAAGAGGAUUUAACAAUCAUUCACCUGCACCACCACUGCAGCAACAAUCUGUGUUUGGACAGGGACAGGAUAAUUACGACCAGGGAGUGCAGAGGAGUGUAACAAGAAGUCCCCCACAGCAGCAAGAGACAUCAGUGUAUCCGGGAUACAAACCUUAUGCUCCACCAGAGCCAGAGACACCAGCAUAUCCAGGAUACAAGCCUUACACGCCAGCUCCUAGGUAG